UGAAACCAAUCCAUCAUGGGCAAGGAGAAGAUUCAUAUCAACAUCGUUGUCAUUGGACAUGUAGACUCUGGAAAAUCCACUACCACUGGACACCUUAUUUACAAAUGUGGUGGUAUUGAUAGGAGAACAAUUGAGAAGUUCGAGAAGGAGGCCCAGGAGAUGGGGAAAGGUUCUUUCAAGUAUGCAUGGGUUUUGGAUAAGCUGAAAGCAGAGCGUGAACGUGGUAUUACUAUUGAUAUUGCCCUUUGGAAGUUUGAGACUAGUAAAUACUACGUUACUAUCAUUGAUGCUCCAGGCCACAGAGAUUUUAUUAAGAACAUGAUCACUGGGACGUCUCAGGCUGAUUGUGCUGUGCUUAUUGUUGCUGCUGGUACUGGCGAGUUUGAAGCUGGUAUCUCUAAGAACGGUCAGACACGUGAACAUGCACUGUUGGCUUUUACUUUGGGAGUGAAGCAGCUGAUUGUGGGUGUUAACAAGAUGGACUCUUCAGAGCCACCAUAUAGUGAAACUCGUUUUGAGGAGAUCAAGAAGGAAGUAAGCAAUUACAUCAAGAAGAUUGGGUACAACCCUGCUGCAGUUGCAUUUGUGCCAAUCUCUGGUUGGCAUGGGGAUAAUAUGUUGGAGCACUCUGGCAAGAUGUCAUGGUUCAAGGGAUGGACUAUUGAGCGUAAGGAAGGCAAAGCUGAGGGAAAGUGCCUCAUCGAAGCUUUGGAUGCCAUUCUCCCCCCAAGUCGACCUACUGAGAAACCUCUUCGUCUUCCUCUUCAGGAUGUGUAUAAAAUUGGUGGGAUUGGAACGGUGCCUGUUGGCCGAGUUGAAACUGGUGUGUUGAAACCUGGAAUGGUGGUUACUUUUGCUCCUGCAAAUUUGACGACUGAAGUGAAGUCUGUUGAGAUGCAUCACGAGGCUCUGCAGGAGGCGGUUCCAGGUGACAAUGUCGGCUUCAACGUGAAGAAUGUUUCUAUUAAGGAACUGCGUCGUGGCUAUGUUGCCGGAGAUUCCAAAAAUAAUCCCCCCAAGGGAGCUGCAGAUUUUAUUGCUCAGGUUAUUGUGCUGAACCAUCCUGGCCAGAUUUCCAGUGGAUAUACUCCAGUGUUAGAUUGUCACACUGCUCACAUUGCUUGCAAAUUUGCUGAGAUCAAGGAGAAGUGUGACCGUCGUACUGGUAAAACUACUGAGGAGAACCCAAAGUCUAUCAAGUCUGGUGAUGCUGCAAUUGUUAACCUCGUUCCCAGCAAACCAAUGUGUGUGGAGUCUUUCCAGGAGUUCCCACCACUUGGGCGUUUUGCUGUGCGUGACAUGAGGCAGACCGUUGCAGUCGGUGUUAUUAAGAGUGUCACUACUAAGGAUGUUACUAGUGGUAAGGUAACGAAAGCUGCUGAGAAGGCCCAGAAGAAGAAAUAACUAGGUGUGCUGAUUGGUCCGGCAGUGGCGGUUGUCUCAGCGCAGCUCUCUGCAC